AUGGUAGCUGUAGGGAUGUAUUUAAGGCAAGAUUUUGGCUCUAUUGUGCCACCUGAAGGUCGGGAAUCGUCGCAUCUAGUAAAAUUUGAGCGUCUCUUGCUAAGAAAGAUAGAAACGGAUUGUCUCGAAUUGUUGGUUCUCAACGGCACUGUUUCGGGCUUGUGUUGCAAGGAGCACGCAUAG